AUGGACUCUCCCCUCGUCACCCGCCUCUUCCGUGAGCUCUUCCGCCGGCCGGCUUGCCAAUCUCGUAGGCAUUGCACUGCUGCAGCUACCGCCUCUUUGCCAGUCCUCCGUCCUCAUUCGCAUCAUCACACCCACCUUGCUGUCGCACCACAACGACGGCACUAUGCCGUGAAAACCACACACGAAAAGGGCGAGCGUACAAACGAGUCCAAAUGGCAGCAACGCAGCUCGAUUUUCCCGAGCGAUCGUUCCGAAGAGUUCAGCGCUUACCCGACGCUGACCAGCUCAGACCUGGCCGCCCGUGCUACCCGCCCGCGCAAAGUCAAGAUGCUCACUCGCGACUUCAUUGAGGACAGCCUCUACAACCCGGCCUACGGAUACUUCUCCAAACAAGCGGUCAUCUUCUCCCCGGGACGGCCCUUCGACUUCCCUGCGUUCAAGGACGAGCCGCAAUUCUACCGCGAGUUGGGCCGGCGGUAUACUGAGUUUGAGGAUGACCUCGACGAACGCGAGGGCAUCAACGACGCCCGCCCCCUGUGGCACACGCCCACUGAGCUCUUUCGGCCAUACUACGGCGAGGCCAUCGCCCGAUACCUGGUUUCCAACUACCGCCUGACGACGUACCCAUACCACGAUCUCAUUAUCUACGAGAUGGGUGCUGGCCGCGGCACGUUGAUGCUCAACAUUCUCGACUACAUCCGCGACCUUGACCCGCAGGUCUACGCGCGAACACAAUACCGCAUCAUUGAGAUCUCGCCAGCACUCGCCUCGCUGCAGAAGCAUCACCUUCUUUCAACCGCCGACUCACGCGGCCAUGCAUCGAAGGUCGAGAUCAUCAAUAAGUCCAUCUUCUCGUGGUCCGAGCGCGUGCCGUCACCAUGCUUCUUCCUCGCCAUGGAGGUGUUUGACAAUUUCUCCCACGACUGCGUGCGUUACGACAUGGCCACUGAGGAGCCGCUGCAGGGUUCCGUCCUCAUCGAUGCCGACAAUGACUUUUAUGAGUUCUACUCCCCGGAACUCGACCCGGUGCUCGCUCGGUUCCUGCGUGUGCGCCAUGCUGCUACUGGCGGCCGUUAUCCCACCCCUUACCCGGCUAACCGCAUGCUGAGAUCUCGCAUGCCCUUGAUGCCCAACCUUUCGGAGCCGGAGUACAUCCCGACCCGCUUGAUGCAGUUUUUCGACGUGCUGGAGAAGUAUUUCCCCGCCCAUCGUCUGGUGACGAGUGAUUUUCACUCUCUGCCGGACGCCAUUCAGGGUUUGAAUGCACCUGUUGUCCAAACGCGCUAUGAGCGCAAGACGGUGCCUGUCACCACGCCUUUGGUACGUUAUCUCUGCUUUCUCGACGUACAAACUUCGGGUAGGCUAACUGGUUUGCAGGUCCACCAAGGCUACUUUGACAUUAUGUUCCCUACAGACUUUCACGUCAUGGAAGCCAUGUACCAGGCCAUCACUGGCAAGCUUACAAGACUCACAUCGCAUGGAGACUUCAUGAAGCGCUGGGCCUUCCUCGAAGAUACCCAGACACGCAGCGGAGAAAACCCUCUGCUGAGCUACUACCAGAACGCCAGUGUUCUGGUCACUGUAUAA